AUGAACUCGUUAUACACACUAGCACUUCGUCAGGUUUCCUCUCUUCAAAAUGAACUUACCAAUCUUGAGCAAUCAAUCGCUUCCUCAUCCUCGAACUCCAAUACUGCUAGUAGUCAUGGGCCAAUCGUUGCUAGCUUAGCCUCACUUCAGCGGACAAUUGAUGAUUAUGAAUCGAUGAACAAAGGAGAAGUAGUGGAAGCGAAAAAGCAAAAGGCAGCCAUGCGGAUAGAAAAGUUUCGUGAAGAUUGUGUGGGUCUGAGAAAGCAUUUUGAUCGAAUCAAAAUAUUAGAGCGUCAAGCGAAUGAAGACAAUCAAAGUUCGGAACUUUUUGGGCAGUCUUCGACUACCUAUCGCCCCAACGCUUCUCAUCCACCAGGCUCGAACUCUGAUGCACUGCAUAGUCCAAAUAAUCUAUAUCGAACAAAUGCGGCCAUGAACAGAGGUAUCACCAAUCGGACAAAUGCUGCACUAGAUGAGAAUCAGUUUGUGAAUCAGACAAACAAUACUCUCGACAUCUAUAUUGCACAAGGCCAAGCAAUUCUCGGGAACUUGGGAGAUCAACGAGAUAUGUUGAAAGGAACUCAAAAGAAACUGAGAUCAGCUGCUAAUACUUUGGGUUUUUCAAGGGAGACAAUUCAAUUCAUUGAACGUCGAUCGAAAGGGGAUUUCAUUAUCUUUGGGGUUGGAAGUCUUUGUACAUUUGUUUGCUUUUUCUACAUUUUAAAGAUCUUUGGUUGA